UCUGAGAGCUGGAAGAGAGUCAGUGUCAGUGUUGGGUUACAGAUGCGGUUUAAAGUCGACCUUGCAUUACAUUUUACGGCUUGGCAAUCAGAAGUUGUUUUCUCCAGGUUACGUAUUGAUCGGUAUUAGUAGCCAAUUUGCAUAACCCGCAUGCCGGUUGGCUGAGAGACAAUCAUCCCAUCUUGUGAAACAAACUCGCCCUGCUUUCCGCGGAAGAGGAGGAGGAGGAGUAGGAGGAAGGGAGUGCAUCGGCUCUUACACACACUGCUUUAAUUGAUCAAAUAAUAAUCUAUUUGACAAAAGCCGGCUCGGACCGCAGGGGCUGUGGAGGAGGAGGACCAGUGCAAUGAUGACGGGCAGAUCUGUGAAAGACGUUGACAGAUACCAGGCUGUCCUCAACUCUUUACUGGCUCUGGAAGAUAAUAAAUUCUGCGCUGACUGCGAAUCAAAAGGUCCAAGAUGGUCAUCCUGGAAUUUGGGCAUCUUCAUCUGUAUCCGCUGUGCUGGUAUCCAUCGAAACCUGGGGGUCCACAUCUCCAAGGUCAAGUCGGUCAAUCUGGACCAGUGGACACAGGAGCAGGUCCAGUGUGUUCAGGAGAUGGGAAAUGCCAAAGCCAGACGUCUCUAUGAGGCUUUCUUACCUGAGUGCUUCCAGCGCCCUGAGACAGACCAUUUAGCAGAGAUGUUUAUUAGAGACAAGUAUGAAAAGAAGAAGUACAUCGAUAAAGUCAUUGACAUCCAGAUGCUUAGGAAAGAAAAGAGCUGCGACAAUAUACCCAAGGAACCAGUUGUGUUUGAGAAGAUGAAAUUGAAAAAAGACGUCAGCCCCAAGACAAAUACCCAGGCUGUCACAGACCUGCUUGGAUUAGAUGCCCCUGCUCCAAGUCCUGCAGUGUCUAACAGAGGAGGAUGUGUUUCAGACAGUAAUGGGAGGCCAGCGGUUUCCAAUCCGGCUCUGGCACACUCUGCUCUGGAUCUCUUCAGCUCCCUGCCAGCACCGGCCACUGCUUCCUCUAAAAGAAACACGCCUGUUUCCAGCUCCAUGCCCCAGAGUAGAGUGACUGCCUCUGUGCCUGAAAACCUCAGUCUGUUCCUGGAUCGGACACAAAAAGCAGAGGGGGGCGCUGUCAAGAAACUGUCCAAGGACUCGAUUCUCUCCCUGUACGCCUCCGCCCCAUCAGUACACGCCAGUAUGUCUGCUCAUGCAGGCUUGUACAUGAACCAAAUGGGAUACCCGACACAUCCAUAUGGAUCGUACCAUUCUUUAGCCCAGGCAGGUGGAAUGGGAGGCCACAUGAUGACAUCACAGAUGGCCAUGAUGGGACAGCCGAAUGGCCCAAUGGGUGCUCAGGGUGUCAUGGCACAGCCUAGUGGCGCACCUUAUAUGACGGGGAUGACCCAGGGCAUGAUGGGACAGCAAAGCGCAAUGAUGAUACAGCAGCAGAACGGGAUGAUGGGACAUCAACAGAAUGGGAUGAUGGGACAGCAGCAGCAGAAUGGGACGAUGGGACAGCAGCAGCAAAAUGGGCUGAUGGGACAUCAACAGAAUGGGAUGAUCGGACAGCAGCAGCAGAAUGGGACGAUGGGACAGCAGCAGCAAAAUGGGCUGAUGGGACAGCAGCAGCAGAAUGGGAAGAUGGGACAGCAGCAGCAAAAUGGGCUGAUGGGACAUCAACAGAAUGGGCUGAUGGGACAGCAGCAGCCAAAUGGGAUGAUGGGACAUCAACAGAAAUGGGAUGAUGGGACAUCAACAGAAUGGGCUGAUGGGACAGCAGCAGGUUGGAGGUUUACCUCAACAGCAGGUGUACGGAGGGCAACAAACUCAGCAGCUACAGUGGAACAUUACCCAGAUGAAUCAUCAUAUGGCCGGUGUGAAUGUCAGCAACACCAGUGGAAUGAUAGGAUACAGCAGUCAACAAAUGGGGGGCUCGACAGCUCAAAGCUCAGCGCACAUGACGGCGCAUGUUUGGAAAUGAUCUCAUCUAUCAAAUAUGUGAUGUCACGCCAAUAACCCUGGGAAAAGAGGGGGACUGAGUUGUACGAACCUUUUAAUCACUCUCCAGGAGACAUUUUCGAAUGAAAGGGGGAAGAAGAUGAAGGAGGAGUAGGAGGAGAAGAAGGAGAAAGGUGUGAAAUUGCUGAAGGUUUCGAAAACCACAACUACCUCUUUCUCUCUCCUCUCUGCCCAGGCUUCCUAUUCUCUCUUCCAUCCAUGGCCAUGUUUUGCAUAUUCCCAUUCUUGCCUUCAGAACACUUUGGCAUGAUGUCCAAGACAACAGGUUUCAAGGUUAACUGAUUAGGACUACACAUCGUUUUUUGUAGCCUGUAGGCUAUGUGCCAGCGUUGUACAAAUCAGCUUUGUGUGGGUGUUAACCAACUGCACAACUUAAAAGAACAGAUUUUAUUUAUUUUACAAUUGAUCAUAAUCAGAAGAAAAUGCAAAACUUACCUAGCUUAAAUCCAUUGGUUGAUGUGCUUGAAUAUUGAGGUUAUUUUGUAAGAAGACACAUUUCCCUUAAAGGAUGGAGACAUACAUUAUUUCAAGACUAAAAGUGAAGGCUAAUCUUUGGUUUCAUUUGGUAAAUAGUUUGCUUUCAUGGGAAUGAGCCUAAUAGCCUCUUUUUGCUGUGAGUGAGACGAAUAUGAAGCUACCCCCAGCAGCUGGUUAGCUUGUUUUAGCUUAGCCUAAAGACUAGAGACAGGGGAAACAACAAGCAUGGCUUUAUCUAAAGACUUUGACUUUGUAAGCAUUAAUUAAAUGAGAUAUAAUGCGUUUAACAGUGAGCUUUAUAUGUACUGUCAGGCAGAUUGUUCUACCUUUUAAUAGACAGAGAAUAGCCACAUUUCCGGUCUUGGUGUUAAGCUAAUUGACUGCUGUGGUUAGCUUCAUAAAUACCAUGGUAUUGAUUUUCUAAGCUACAUUUUGGCAAGGAUAAGCAUUCAGGUAAUGUCAAACCAAAAUGUCAAACUAUUGUGUUAACGUUGUAUUAACAAAUGACAAGUAAUUCACAUCAGAAUCCAACAAUUAGCUUAACUUUAGCCGCAACCAUUUCCAAGCGCACAGGGGUAAAGAUUUUCAAAGUAAGGUAACAAAGGGAUUAAAACUAGAUUAAUAUUCUUACUAGAAAAUAUUCAAGCUAGGCUAGGCUACACUAAUCUAUUAUUUGAUCACCCCUCAAGCUGCACAUGGAGGGGUAAAUAAACAUUAAUGAAUUAGCUUUGCGAAAGAAGAAAUACAUUUUUUAAAGGUUUCUAAAAACAUUGUAUCCCCUUCCUAAACACUCAAGUCGUUCUAAAAUAAUCAAAUUUAGGGAAAUCGUUUAGGUUUUUAGAUCCUUUGUCUCACAAGUUAUAGCAGCUACAAAACGCCAUUAUGAUGAUCUCUUCUACUCUAUUUACAGAGGGCUUCUUUGAGAAUACUGAAACUCCACUUCAUUGUCUGAAGUCCUAAACUGGAUUUUGGGAGACCAAAGAUCAACGCUAGCUUUAUUAUGGUUGUACAGUAUUGCAAUGCUUUGUUACAUCUGUAGCCACAUAGCUAGUGAUAAGUAGAACAUUGAAGUCAGCAAUCCUUUAACAGUCUGGUCAAACCUGCUCUUAAUCAAUGCAUAUCUGGGCAUAUCAAUUCACUGUGCUAUUUCCUCAGACAGGGUGGGACACUUAAAGUCACUUGCAUGCAUGUACAUGUUGAAGUAACACUCACACACCUCAAGUUAAUCUACCUUGUACAAUAGAGGCCUCAAAAGUUGUUGUUAUAUAAGAGAGAAAUAGAGAGAAGGAGGUGAAGGACGGAGACAAAAGACGACCAAGGUACAGAUCAUGUUUCAGAUUCUUCCACUGAAUUGCAUGAGGACAAUGUUUAUCUAACUGAUUGUAUGUUUUUCAAAAUAUCUGAAUGUGUCUCUCUGAAUGUUUCUCUCUACAUGUUGAUCCGCUUCGACCAAGACCAACAAAAUGUUUAAACGACUGCGCGUCUUGAAUGUGUCACAAUGUACUUGACUCAUUUUGAAUACACACCUCAGUAAUACUGGCGUGUGUUUGUUUUUGAUAUUCUACUGUCAAUCAAUGUACACUUGUGUCUUCUGAAUGUCCCGUGGUCAACAGCGUCCUGUCUGUUUUUGGUGAAUUGAUGAAUUCCAACCAAGGUUUAAUGUCCUGCCGUCCGAUUAGGAUCCAACUGUGACCAGGCUGACACAUUAUCAGGUCACUCGAGGGAGUGUGAAGCGAAAAGUGAUACGACCACUCACUUCUACACAAGCCAUCUCUAUGUCCUUGCUGUUUUGUGCAUUCUUAUAAUGCUAACCCUUGCAUGAAGCCAUUAGUGUAAAUAAUAUAUCUUUCCGUUUUGUCAUGUAGAAGCACAGAAAUGCUUCUAAUGUGAGAGCUUAAAGAGAAUUAAAUGAAUAUACUCUUGUGUAACAAGAUUACAAUUAAGUGCUGCCACUAAAAAAAGCAGUACAGCCUUUAAAAAAAACUCAGAAUUUUGUCUAUUCCCUCCGAGCGUUUCUUUCAAUUGUAUCUCAUUUGGUGGCAGUUGAGGCAACAGUGUGAGAGCAGCAGUCACUUUCUCUGCUCAGAGCAAUAUCUGCCAUGUUACAGCAUAUCUGUCAGAGAAGUUUCUUAAUAAGCAGUAAAAAAUACAUUCCUGUGGGCUACCGGCUUAGUAUGCUUCAGUUCCUUCUUUUGUCUGGUAUAUUUUCUGUGAAAUAAAAGCAAAUAAAAGGAAUGCAUCUUUUGAUGUACUUGUUAAUCAAGAUAUUGUAUAGUUUAUUCUUUAUCAGAAUGUCUCUGUAUAAUAAGUAACACAUGUGAUGUAUAUUAGUUCUGCAUUUGUUCCACAUGCUUUUGCCCCUUUUUGAUUUGAUAGUCACUUUCAUUUGAGAGUAUGUGAUCCUUGUCUCUGUGAAAAUAUCAAAAAUAAAUAUUGUUUUGAUUAAAUUGUAUAUAUUGUUGAUAUUUCAAAGAUGUUCAGUUUGACCCAAUUGUUUUAAGGUUAAUGUAUGAAAUGAGGCAGAUUAAUAAAAAAAUACAUUUAACACAUUAUUUAAUCAGAAUAUCUUAAAAUACACAGCUGACAAAUAUGUGUGAUUCAAAUAAACUUUAUUGACCUUGCUUCCAGAUGUCAAAGGGCAUGCAAAUACAGGCUUCUGAUUCAGAAAUAAUUUUUUUGUGUUCUCCGUUUGAUUCUAUUUUCUUACAAAACUACGUGCACCUUAAGUAAUCAAUUCUGCAGCGUACAAACCACAAAAAUACCAGUUUUACAUUAUCAAAUACUGCACAUAGAAAACAUUUACAAAGCACAGGUAUAAAAUUACAGCUCCCUUUCUCUUCAUCAUAAGCAUCCUUUCAAUAGACGGCCAGCUAUGCGUUGACCUUUAAAAUGUACUCGGGGAAAAGGUUAAGGCCUGUUUAGAAAAGACAACCAAUCAUCCAGCAUCACCCGCAAUCUCAUUAGAACUGUGCUGAAUGUUUUCCUGCAGCUUCAGAUUUGUGUCCUAGGCAUCUUUUUACUAUAUGUGCUUGGCUCCAUUAAAGUCAACACUCUUCAAAGCUGUUUCCUACGUUUUGGAAGUUCAAAAUGUGCUUUGCUGGGUUUUAAGAUGAAGGUUGUCUUGAUACUGGCGAGGGAAGCUACAGUGGCCUUAAUAUAGUUUGACAAACAUCUAAAAAAGGACAGGAUGGCUACUAAGGAGACUUGUGCUGUGAUCAACAACAUUUAUAGACGUGGAUGAAGACAAACCCAUGUGCCCAUCAGCUCAGCAGUAAUGUCUCGUUGACCGUUGCUACAUCUGUAAACAGAUAUUUGGAAUGCAUGCUUCGUUAGGAAAGGAAAGAAAAAAACGAAUUUUUUGCUCAUGGCGGCUUUCAGAAAGUUAUUCACAAUGCAAUGCAUGCUCUGCUGAGUCUACAUUGCUUCUAGUGCUUGAAAUUGUGAUCUGACUUAAAAAUAAUAUUUGUUAUGGUUGUGAGCUGAUACAAAUUUGGCCUGAGGUUCCCACAACCUUACUCUAAUGAGUGAAAAAAGGCUACAGCCAAAUGGUUAUUGCAAAAAGUAUUUCAGAAAGUGGAAAGCUAAGACCAUGCUACUUGAAGAUACAGCCUUUUCUUUUUGCAUCUCAAUGAAUUAAAAUCGUAUUCGGUCUAAUUGACUUCCUCAACAUGUGUCAUCAUUAUCAUAGUUAUUCUCAUCGUAAUCAGACCAUCAUAAAGAUUAAAUACAGGAAAAGUGUUAAUCAUGCGGCAAACAUUUUCAAGUUCAAAGUACAGACAUGAUAACUCAAUCAGCUUGAUAGAUAAAUCGAGUUUCAGUUACAAGGGGAAUAGCAAUCUUUUCCGUUUUAAACCCAUCGUGGCAUUUUAAAUACAUCAAAAGUGUGUUUUCGCCACGCAGAAUUCAUGCUUGUUUCAACCACAGAGCUUUUCUUUUAAAGUGAACACACAAAGAAAAGGACAUACAGUAUACAGUAGAAGGGGCAGCCUGAAACAAUGCAGGCGAGAUCCCUGGAAAGUCCUCAAAGAGGCAGUAUAGCAAACAAGAUGACAAAAAAGUACACUCAGUUCUGGGGUAAGGAUUAAGAAAUACAUUCAUAAAACUAUACAUAUACACAUAUAUAACUUCGGUAGAAUAUUUCAAGCAAAAUACAUUUGUCAAAACGUUCAGUUGUGUGCUACAAUAGUGAAGCAAUGUCUCCUACACAAAAUAAGGCCAUUGUAAACCGAACAAGCCCUCAUUUUCGCGAAAAGCAGGUUUGUGCCUCUCUGACUCUCUCUCUCUCUCCUCUUCUGAAUAAUAACUUACAAAAAUAAAAUACAUUUCCAAACAUUGCACUCAAGAGACAAUUCAGGUUGAUU